GUAAUAUUGGGGUUGGGGUUGGGGUUGGGGAUGGGGGUAAGCAACAACAUCACCGCAGUGCUGAACUUGAUAGCUACGCUGGCCUCAAUCCCGAUCAUAGCCUCCGGCAUUUGGCUGGCAUCGAAGCCCGACAACGAGUGCGUGGCCAACUUCCGGUGGCCCAUUGUCAUCAUCGGCAUCCUCAUCCUCCUCGUUUCCCUGGCCGGUUUUGUCGGUGCCUACUGGAACAAACAGGGUCUCCUCGCCCUCUACCUCUUCUGUAUGGCUCUCCUCAUCGCCCUCCUCCUCCUCGUUCUCGUCUUCGCAUUCGUCGUCACCAGACCCGAUGGAGCCUAUGAUGUCCCCGGAAGAGGCUACAAGGAGUACAGGCUUCACGGCUUCUCCUCCUGGUUGAGGAACCACGUCACCGGUUCCGGGAGUUGGCAGAAGAUAAGGCCCUGUUUGGCUGCUUCUGAUGUCUGCUCUAAGCUCACCCAGGAUUACAUCACUGCUGAUCAAUUCUUCAAUUCCCAUAUCUCCCCCUUACAGUCAGGAUGUUGCAAGCCUCCCACUGCUUGUGGGUACAAUUAUGUAAACCCCAUACUAUGGACAAACCCUGUGAACCCUAUGGCUGAUUCAGAUUGCUACUUGUGGAACAAUGACCAGAAUCAGCUAUGCUACAAUUGUAAUGCGUGCAAGGCUGGUCUAUUGGGUAACCUCAGAAAAGAAUGGAGGAAAGCAAAUAUCAUUCUCAUUGUGGCAGUGGUGGUCCUCAUAUGGGUCUAUGUCAUAGCUUGUAGUGCCUUCAGGAAUGCCCAAACAGAAAACCUCUUCGACCGUUACAAACAGGGUUGGGUUUGAUCCCGUUUCCCCCCCCAACAUUUACAAGUUUUUAACGCUGCUUCUUUUGUUUUUUUGGUUACCUUUCCUUCUUUCUUUCUAUUCCCUGUAAUUCCGUUUUUUAAGUCUUUUUGUCUUUAGUGUACAUAUUCCUUCUGUUUAGAAACACGGUAUUGGAAGUAAUACGUUUCUCGAUGCUCAGGAAAAAACGAAGAAUAGAAUAUUCUAAUAAUCCUUUCGCUGAGCUAGCGUGUGAUUAGAAUUUAGAUUAAUUAUAUAUUCAAUUGUUAUUCUAUACUCCUA